AUGGUCACCCCCAAACACCUCCAAACCCCUCCUGUCACCCCUAGUCACCCCCAAACACCUCCAAACCCUUUCCUGUCACCCCAGUCACCCCUAGUCACCCCCAAACACCUCCAACCGUUCCUGUCACCCCAAAGCACCUCCAACCCCCCUCCUGUCACCCCUAGUCACCCCCAAACACCUCCAAACCCCUCCUUCACCCCAAACACCUCCAAACCCUUUCCUGUCACCCCAGUCACCCUAGUCACCCCAAACACCUCCAACCGUUCCUGUCACCCCAAAGCACCUCCAACCCCUCCUGUCACCCCUAGUCACCCCAAACACCUCCAAACCCUCCUGUCACCCCUAGUCACCCCAAACACCUCCAAACCCUUUCCUGUCACCCCAGUCACCCCUAGUCACCCCAAACACCUCCAACCGUUCCUGUCACCCCAAAGCACCUCCAACCCCUCCUGUCACCCCUAG